AUUAAGCUGGGAAUCAAAACACUGAUUUCUCUCUGAGAAAAAGAGGCAUUUAGAUAUGAUUAAGAUAUGGAUCUCAGGAAAAAGAAUUUAUUUAAAAGCAAAUCAGUGAAUAAGAGUUAAUUCAAGAUCAUUUACUCAAACCAAAUGAGCGGAGUGUAACCGACUUGAAGAAACUACACGUUUUAGACCCUGUAUGAACAAUGGAGACAGCGCUAUUGAAAACGCCAUGGAAAAGGCAAGUUCUUUGUCUUGCUGUUCUGUUGCUUGUGUGGGAGGUUGACUGUGAGGCAAUUCGGUAUUCCCUGCCAGAAGAAACAGAAAGUGGCUACUUGUUGGCCAACCUGGCAAAAGAUCUGGGGCUGAGGGUGGGGGAAUUGGCCACUCGAGGUGCGCGAAUGCAUUUCAAAGGAAACAAACAGCUCUUGCAGCUCGAUGUAAAGACCGGAGAUUUGCUGGUUUAUGAAAAACUAGACCGUGAGGUGCUGUGCCGGGGGAUAGAUCCCUGUAUAUUGCAUUUCCAACUGUUACUGGAAAACCCCGUGCAGAUUUUUCAAACUGAUCUACAACUCACAGAUAUAAACGACCAUUCCCCAGAGUUCCCAGACGGGGAAAUGCUCCUGAGAAUCCCAGAGAACGUCCAGCCAGGGACGGUGUUUCCUUUGAAAACAGCUCAGGACUUUGACAUAGGUCACAACACCAUUCAGAACUACACCAUCAGCCCCAAAGUCCAUUUCCAUAUUGUCACUCACAAUCCUGGAGAUGGCAGGAGAUACCCAGAGCUGGUGCUGGACAAAGCGCUGGACAGGGAGGAGCAGCCUGAGCUCAGAUUAACCCUCACCGCGCUGGAUGGCGGGGAUCCGCCCAGGACUGGGACCACCACAGUGCGCAUUGAAGUCCUGGAUAUUAAUGACAAUGCUCCCCAGUUUGCUCAGUCACGAUAUGUGGUACAGGUUCCUGAGGACAGCCCACUCAAUUGUUUAGUUGUCACUGUCUCUGCCCAAGAUUUUGAUGCUGGAACCAAUGGGCAUAUCACUUACUCCAUAUUUCAAAGCAAUAAAGUGUCUGAGCCUUUUGCAAUAGACGAAAUCACAGGAGUGGUUCAUCUGAAACAAACGCUAAAUUAUGAGGAAAGUCGAUAUUAUAACGUAGAAAUUGCAGCCACAGAUGGUGGGGGCCUAUCAGGAAAAUGUACUGUCGCUGUCGAGGUGGUGGACAUAAACGACAACGCCCCAGAAUUGACCAUGUCCACUCUCACAAGCUCCAUCCCAGAAAACUCCCCGGAGACGGUGGUUGCGGUUUUCAAUGUUUUUGAUCUAGACUCCGGAGACAAUGGCAAGAUGGUUUGCUCAAUUGAGAACGAUCUCCCCUUCCUCUUAAAGCCCACGUUCAAGAACUUUUACACGUUAGUGACAGAGGGACCACUGGACAGAGAGAGCAGAGACGAGUACAACAUCACCAUCACCGUCUCAGACAUGGGCACACCCAGGCUGAAAACGGAGCACAACAUAACAGUGCAGGUGUCCGACGUGAACGACAACGCCCCAGCCUUCAGCCAAACCUCCUACACCCUGCUGGUCCCAGAGAACAACAGUCCCGGCCUGCACAUAGGCACAGUGAGCGCCACAGACACAGACUCAGGCACCAAUGCCCAGAUCACCUACUCGCUGCUGCCGCCCCAGGAAGGCGACCAAGACCCGCAGCUGGCCCUCGCCUCGCUGCUGUCCAUCCACGCGGACAGCGGGCAGCUGUUCGCCCUGCGCGCGCUGGACUACGAGGCGCUGCGGGCCUUCGAGUUCCGCGUGGGCGCCGCCGACCGAGGCUCGCCCGCGCUCAGCAGCCAGGCGCUGGUGCGCGUGCUGGUGCUGGACGCCAAUGACCACGCGCCCUUCGUGCUCUACCCGCCGCACAACGCGUCGACGCCCUGCACCGAGCUGCUGCCCAGGGCGGCCGAGCCCGGCUACCUGCUCACCAAGGUGGUGGCGGUGGACGGCGACUCGGGCCGCAACGCCUGGCUGUCCUUCCAGCUGCUGCAGGCCAGCGAGCCUGGGCUGUUCAGCGUGUGGGCGCACAAUGGCGAGGUGCGCACCGCCAGGCUGCUGAGCGAGCGCGACGCGCCCAGGCACAGGCUGCUCGUGCUGGUCCAGGACAAUGGCGAGCCGCCGCUGUCGGCCAGCGUCACGCUGCACGUGCUGCUGGUGGACGGCUUCUCGCAGCCCUACCUGCCCGUGGCUGAGGGCGCGCGCGACCCGGCGCCGCCCGACGCGCUCACUGUCUACCUGGUCAUCGCCCUGGCAUCCGUGUCUUCGCUCUUCCUCUUCUCUGUGCUCGUGUUGGUGGCGGUCAGGCUGUGCAGGAGGAGCGGGGCAUCCUCGCUGGGUGGCUGCUCUGUGUCCGAGGGCCACUUUCCUGGACACCUGGUGGACGUCAGCGGGGCGGGGACGCUGUCCCACAGCUACCAGUAUGAGGUGUGUCUGGUGGGUGGUUCUCCUGAUACCAGUGAGUUCAAAUUCGUUAAGCCCUUUUUUCCCAACCUUCAGACCCAAGAGGCUGGACAGGAAAGAAAAGAUGCUGUUGUUCAAAGUAGUCUUGGAUUGUUUUAGAAAUCUUGUGAUUAUGUGAUUUUUCUCCAUAUUCAUCCUUUAAUAGCCCUGAUGUGGAAUUUCGGAGUGUUAUGAAGCAGCAUUCACAUUUAGAUGUAGUUUGCAUGUUCUUUCCUGAUGGAUUUUUCCAUUGGGCUCUGGAUAAUGUCAACUUACUUCCUCACAUUUAUGCUUACAUUCUCGCCCCUUGACUGCUAUUGGUGUUUUACUUUUAUGCGUUUGAUCUUCCAUAUAUAUUGAUGAUAGUAACAUGUUAUAUUUUGUGAUGAUGGUGUGUUCGCAUUUUUGACUUUUUGUGGGGAUGGGUUUCCAGGUAGGGUCUCUGUAGCCCACAGUGACCUGUAAUUCACUAGGAAGUGUCAGGGUGGUCUUGAACUCAUGGCCAUCCUCUUACCUCAGACUCCCAAGUGCUGGAAUUUGAAGGUGUGUGCCACUACACCUGGCCUGAUUUUAGUUUUUUGCAUGGACAUUAAUAUGUAUGGUGUGGGAUGUAUGUGGGAUUUAUAUUAUGUGAAGAUGCCCACUCUGUGAACACCCAUGUGAGAGCCAGAGGAGGAUGUCUACUACAUUCUGCUAUUGCUCUUCAACCUUCUUCUCUGAGACAGAGUCUCUCACUGAACCAGAGCCCCCUGUUUAUGUGAGUGCUGGGGACCAAUGUUUGGUCCUCAUGCUUGCACAGCAAAUGCUCUUAUCCAUUGAGCUAUCUCUCCAGCCUGAUUUUUUGUUUUAUUGAGACAAACACUGUGGCCUGAAACUUGCCAUAUAGACUGAAUUGGCCUCACAUUUGCUGUUAUUCUCCCACCUUGUUCUUCCAAGUUCUGGUAUUACAUAUAUGUGCUGGCAUGCCUGGAUGUGAACUAUCUUAAUAAAAUCAUACACCAAUUGUAUUCUCUAUGUAUUCUAGAACAUCACAGUCUAUUUGAUGUCAAGUUUUAGAAAAAAAGUAUUACAUCAUUCAAUUUAUGCAAAAUUUUAAAGGAAUUGUAAUAAAUUACAUAACAAAUGAAA